AUGUCCGCAGUUGCAGUUUUAACUAAGCCAAUCAAUGCCUUGCUUCUUGGAGGUGCUGUAUAUGGAUCGUGGGCUAUUUAUAUGUCGCAAAAUUACUACAAGAACUCGUCCAUGAGAAAGAUAUUCGUUAACUCCGACAAACAGUACGAAGCUGUCAAGAUUGGCGAAAAGCACGCCGUUUAG